UUUUCUUAACGCUUUUGUUUCGAUAACCUAGAAUUUUUGAUAAAUAUAUAUUUUUUUUGGUGAUGAUGAGUUCAUUACUAGCUACCCCCUAUAUGUCGUCGAGAUAAUAGUGAUAUAGCUGGCCAGUCACGUCAAAGCCCACAGAGGCAUUUGAUAAGCUAUAAAAUCUAGACCCUAUCAAGAUCGCGCUUUUCAGAAUUGCCGACUCCAUUAGCCUGGGUAUAACUGAGAUCGCGUAAGAGCUAGCAUCCGUUACGAGUCGGACAUAUAGAUUACUAACUCUCUAGUUUCCUCAAAGGUCCCAAUUAUUUCGUACCCUGAUACCUGGAUACUUGUUGCAUCUCGAGAUUUAAAUAGGGUAAUUCACAUUGCGAUAUCUAAUCAUGGGUUCCCAUCUCUCCGGAUCAGAUCUUGAUUUAGCUCCGCUCCCACCGAAGGAUUUCAUUGCGAGUUUGCGGACGGGGAAGAUCCGGCCUUUCGGAGGCGUCAAGGGUUUAUCGUCGGCGAUCAACAAGCAACCCCGGCGAGGCAAGAUCCGGCUCACAGCAGGCGGCUUCGAGGGUGAUGAGCGCCAGUAUGCCAACCAUAACAGUCCGGAUAACGCCAUUCAUCAAUAUGAUCCCCGCCACUAUGAAGAAUGGAAGAAUAUCUUACCGGAACGUGCUCACAAGUUCAAAGUUGGCGCGUUCGGCGAGAAUCUGUCUUCCGCGCACUUAUCGGAAGCCAAUAUAUGCCUCGGGGACAAAUUCCGAUUAGGGCCCGACGCCAUAGUUCAGGUUACUAUGCUAAGGCAACCCUGCUAUAAGCUUAACCACCGAUUUGAGUACAAGAAGAUGUCGAGACUCAUUCAGACUACUGGAUUUACCGGAUGGUACUAUCGAGUUCUCCAAGGAGGUGAUAUCCAAGAAGGCGACACGAUCGAAUUGAUUGAACGUAUCAACCCGCGAUGGUCUCUCUUGAGAAUACACUAUGUUCUUUAUACGGACUCUAGUAAUAUGGAAGCGAUAGAGGAGAUUAGCAAACUGGAGGGACUUAGCCUGGAAUUUCUCAACUUGACCCGGAACAGACUUUCUAAAGGGGUCGAGAACAUGAACCAACGCCUCCUGGGUAACUUUGCUGUGCCAUGGCACUUAUAUAAGUUGGUUGAGAAAACCAGGCUUACUCCAAGAGUACAAAAAUUCAUCUUCGAAUCCGAGGAAUCCAACGCGGACGCGGAAGACUUGAAUUUCGGGCGCUUUCCGCAUGUGCGUCUCAGGUUCGGCCCCGAUUCCAAGUUCACCAGAGCUUACUCGGUCGUGUCGGGUGAUAUGAGAUCAUUUGAGCUGGGAAUCGCGAAAGAUGACGAGUCAAGAGGUGGGUCGCUAUAUCUACACGAUAAAUUUAAGAUUGGCGAUAUUCUGGAGGUAGCCAAGGGACACAAUGCGGCGAUUCCUAUAAUAAGUAGCGACCAAGUCGAUACACCAACAAGGCACAUCUUUAUUUUGGGUGGUAUCGGUGUCACCGCCUUCAUUGGCGAGAUCAGGGCCCUGGAGAAGAAAUCCGCCGACUUCGAGAUUCACUACGCUGUCCGUAGCGAAAAGGAGGCCGCAUACCUUGAUCAUCUACCAGCCAGCAAAACCACUAUUUACGCAAAGAGCGAGGGCAGACGGUUAGACGUAGCUGCGCUUAUUCCAGCACUCGAUGAUUGCAGGGAUAAUUGCAAGACUUUAGUUUACUGCUGCGGCCCGCCGUCGUUACUUACCGCUUGCCGUGACGCGACGACGAAGUUAGGGUAUCCCCGAUCCCAGACUCAUUUCGAGGAGUUUGGCGGUGCUGGAACUGGCACAGGCGACCCUUUUGAAGCCGAGAUUAAAAAUACCGGGGAGGUCCUUCAGGUCCCUCAAGAGAAAUCAUUAUUGGACAUCCUCAACGAAGCCGGUUUCGAGAUAGAAUCCUCAUGUCUCGUAGGGAAUUGUGGGACCUGCAUGGUAGAUGUUUGCAAAGGGGAGGUAGUUCACCAAGGUGUGGCCCUUGAAGAUGAGCAGAAGGAGAGCAGUAUGUUGACCUGUGUGAGCCGUGGUAAGGGAAGGAUUGUGAUUGAUUGUUAAGAGGACCAUAUCUGAAUUCUACCUAGCAUAAGCGUUCCUUGAUACCAAUUAUUAAUCCCAUCAAUACAAUCUAUAUCACUAAUUUCUACACUUGAAUCCGUCGAUGCGCGCCGUAUCAUUAGUCGAGCACUUGUCUUGCCACUAUUACUAUAGGGUUAGGUACUAUACUCUACUAUAUUGUCACUGCCGAAGGUUGUAGACUGCCGCGUUCUGGCCGGUUCGGAGUCCGGCAGUCUUAAGAUAACGGCUAAACUGCCGAGAUCUAGUACAAAGAUAGACCCCGGAGGAGUAAGAUCUGUAAGGACAUCUUACGGUCGACAAUCUCCACCUUCAUAUAAAUAAGUGUAG